AUGGCAUCUGCAAUUUUCAUUUUGGAUCUUAAGGGAAAGGUUCUCAUUUCUCGUAACUACAGAGGUGACAUUCCAAUGAGUGCAGUAGAGAAAUUUAUGCCUUUGGUCUCAGAAGCAGAAGAUGAACAAGUUCCUUUACCCUGCUUCACUCAUGAAGGCAUCAACUAUCUAUACUUGAAACACAGCAAUCUUUAUUUGCUUGCCUUGACACGGAAAAACACCAAUGCUGCCUCUAUCAUGCUUUACCUUCACAAACUGACUGAAGUAUUUACGGAAUACUUUAAAGAACUGGAAGAAGAAUCGAUUCGAGAUAACUUUGUGAUUGUGUAUGAAUUAUUGGAUGAAAUGAUGGAUUUUGGUUAUCCUCAGACGACAGAAACUAAGAUUUUACAAGAAUAUAUAACCCAAGAUGCCCAUAAGCUUGAGGUCCAAGUCCGUCCUCCCAUGGCUGUAACAAAUGCAGUCUCUUGGCGUUCAGAAGGUAUCAAAUACAAAAAGAAUGAAGUAUUUUUGGAUGUUAUUGAAAGUGUAAACUUGUUGGUAAAUGCAAAUGGCAACGUAUUGAGAAGCGAGGUGCUUGGUUCAGUCAAGAUGAGAUGUUAUUUGUCCGGUAUGCCUGAACUUCGUUUGGGUUUAAAUGACAAGGUCAUGUUUGAAGCAACGGGGAGAGGAGGUUCAGCUACAAAAGCCAUUGAAAUGGAAGAUGUCAAAUUCCAUCAGUGUGUUCGUUUGUCUAGGUUUGAAAAUGAUCGUACGAUCAGUUUUAUCCCUCCUGACGGAGACUUUGAGCUGAUGAGCUACCGUUUGCAGACGACAGUGAAACCAUUAAUUUGGGUGGAGGCUGUUGUGGAGACAUACUCUGGCUCUCGUGUUGAAUAUCUUGUCAAGGCAAAGGCGCAGUUUAAACGUAAGAGUACAGCUAAUAAUGUAGAAAUUGAAGUGCCUGUGCCUGACGAUGCCGAUACCCCCAAGUUCAAGUCGAGCAGUGGAUCUGUUUCAUACAAACCAGAAAGGUCAUGCCUUGUGUGGAAAAUUAAACAGUUCCAGGGAGGAAAAGAGUUCAUUAUGCGUGCUCACUUUGGUCUGCCAUCUGUUCAAGCAGCCGAUGAAUCAGAAAAGAAGCCACCCAUCAAUAUCAAAUUUGAAAUUCCUUACUUUACAGUUUCAGGCAUUCAGGUUAGAUACUUAAAGAUUGUAGAAAAGAGUGGAUAUCAAGCAUUGCCUUGGGUGAGAUAUAUUACACAAAACGGAGAUUAUCAAAUGAGAAUGCCAGAAUCUAUCAAAGCAAAUAAACGCGUAAGCGACUACUAG